AAUUCAUCGUGAUUAGAAAAUGUUCCACACCUUGGAGUGCAGUGGAGACAUAAGAAUAAUUUUAAAUGCAAAUUAAAUUGUGGGGGUAGCAAAGAGAACAGAUAAAAGACAGUAAAACAAAGCCUUUCACUUUCUUCAAAUUAGCAGGCUAAUGUAUUAUAAAAAAAAAAAAAAAAAAAAAAAAAAAGCAAUUCUACUCUGAUCUGUGCUAAGAGCUUUCAUUUCAUCAUAAUAUAAAACAGCAGAUCCGUCACCUUUCUCUGUUUAGUUCUCUUGAUUUUGAGGUUGAAGUGAAAAUUAGAAGCUGUUCAUUCUGGCUCACAGACUAGGUUGCAUUUGCUUAGUCUUAUUCCAUAACAGUAGGAUGGAAAGAGGUCAGUAACAGUGGAAUCUGACUGAUCAUCCAGACCGGAGUAUUGUACACACAGAUAAAGUUCCUUCAAAAUGGACUACUUUUUGGAUGUCGAGUCUGCUCACAGACUGUUUUACAGUCAAGGAGCUCAAGCUCGUCGGGCAACUCUUCUCACUGUGCCUACACUGAUGUCGGCUUCUUCUGAGGAGGACAUAGACCGGAGACCCAUUAGAAGACUCCGGUCCAAGAGUGACACCCCAUACUUAGAAGAAGCUAGGAUCUGCUUCAACCUUGACACAUCUCGCCGGGCCACGCUGCUCACCGUACCCACGUUAAUGGCGGCAUCUUCCGAGGAGGACAUCGACCGCAGACCCAUCCGCCGCGUCCGCUCCAAGAGCGACACCCCCUACCUCGCCGAGGCCCGCAUCUCUUUCAACCUCGAGGCAGCUGAGGAAGUGGAAAGACUGGCUGCAAUGCGUUCAGAUUCUCUGGUACCUGGGACUCACACGCCUCCAAUCAGAAGAAGAAGCAAAUUUGCCACUCUUGGAAGGCUUUUUAAGCCAUGGAAAUGGAGGAAGAAGAAGAGCGAAAAAUUUAAGCACACUUCUGCAGCUUUGGAAAGAAAGAUAUCAAUGAGGCAAAGCAGAGAGGAGCUUAUAAAACGAGGAGUGCUGAAGGAAAUUUUUGAUAAAGAUGGGGAACUUUCCAUACCAAAUGAUGAAGGAGCUUUGGAGAAUGGGCAGCCUCUGGGCUGUGGACCAGUACUGAGCUCCAGCCAAGUAUCACUUCCAGCCCUAGCAGAACUGGAGUCAGGUUCUGCACCUGGGGAACCCUGCUCAUACGAGGUGCUCCCAACCACAGAGAUCAUGGAUGGGGCAGUGUCUGAAGAGAAUCCCACAUCCAAUGAAUCCAGCAUCCUCCUGUCCCAAGAUCCUACAGCUAAGCCAGUCCUGCUACUUCCCCAAAAAAAAUCUGCUGCUUUCCCUGGAGACCAUGAGGACACCCCAGUGAAACAGUUGUCCCUCCUCAAACAGCCCCCUGCCCUGCCUCCUAAACCUAUUGCCAGGAUUGCCAGCCACUUAACUGAUCCCGGCGCUCCUGUGAAACUUCCUUGUAUGCCAGUUAAACUGUCACCUCCACUACCUCCAAAGAAAGUCAUGAUUUGCAUGCCUUUAGGGGGGCCAGACCUCUCUCUCUCAUCCUAUUCCACACAGAAGAGCUCCCAGCAGCCUUUGAGUCAGCACCAUCACACUGUCCUGCCAUCCCAGUUAGCAGCUCACCAGCACCAGCUCCAGUACAACAGCCACAACCAGCACCUGCCUUCUGGGUCCAGCACAUUGCCCAUUCACCCUUCAGGGUGCCGGAUGAUAGAGGAACUGAACAAAACACUAGCCAUGACCAUGCAAAGGCUAGAAAGCUCUGGUUUACAUACAGGUGAUAGCGUUACAAAAACAGGACCUGGAGGUCUUCCAGACAUGAGACAAGUGCCAACUGUUGUGAUUGAAUGCGAUGACAAUAAAGAAAAUGUGCCUCAUGAAACCAACUAUGAAGAUUCUUCCUGCCUCUACACAAGACAGGAAGAAGAGGAAGAGGAAGAUGAGGAUAACUCACUAUUUACAAGCUCUCUGGCAAUGAAAGUCUGCAGGAAGGACUCUUUAGCAAUCAAACUGAGCAACAGGCCUUCCAAGCGAGAGCUGGAGGAAAAGAACAUCCUCCCCAUGCAGACUGAUGAGGAGAGACUUGAACUUAGGCAGCAGAUUGGGACAAAGUUAACAAGACGACUGAGCCAAAGGCCGACUGCUGAAGAAUUGGAGCAGAGGAACAUUCUGAAACCCCGGAAUGAGCAAGAGGAGCAGGAGGAAAAACGAGAGAUAAAGAGAAGAUUAACACGUAAGCUGAGUCAAAGGCCUACGGUAGAAGAGCUACGUGAGAGGAAGAUCCUCAUACGCUUCAGUGACUAUGUGGAAGUGGCAGAUGCACAGGACUACGACAGGAGGGCAGACAAACCCUGGACACGGCUCACAGCCGCCGACAAAGCAGCCAUUCGAAAAGAGCUUAAUGAAUUUAAAAGCACAGAAAUGGAAGUUCAUGAAUUAAGUAGGCAUCUAACAAGGUUUCACAGACCGUAGCAGUUCAAUUCUACCUGACUACUAUGCCAUCUUCAAAACAUAACUAAAAGGAACCGUAAGUGCUGGUAUUAUUCACUUCCCUGUUAAGUAUAAUGUAAAUCUUCUGAACUGCCUUUUUUUUAAAAAAAAAGAAAA